AUGGCCAACGAUCAUAGAAUCUCCAGCAGUGUCAUCUUCAUUGGUAAUGAUAGCACCACUUGGGAGCAAGAACUAAAGACGAGCAUAUUGCAAAAGGUAGGGUUGUGUGGGUCCAAGUGGGUAAGGAAGGUGUUCUACAAGAUUCCGAUUGCAGUUGUGUCUACUGGUGUGCAGUAUAAAACAUUUGUGAUAGGGUCGAACGAAGAUAUGCAGGUUUUAUUUUAUUGUCGGCGCAGUUUUUUGGAGGUGAGAAUACACGAGCUGUAUGCCAAGUUGGAAGAUGGUGUCGACAGUUCUGGUGCAUCAGCACCGAAUCCUCAGUCGAUGAUGGUGGGGGGUGCCUCAACUUCGAUGCCUGUCGUUGCAGCUGGUGGUCUUUUGGUUGAACCUCUAUCUGUUCCACCAAUGGCAGCUAGGUCACCUGGUUUGAUUCCUGCUCUUUUUGGUGAGGAUCCCACCUUUGGAGGCCAGGGAUUACACGAGGGAAAUCCUUCUGGAGAAUUUCAGAUUGUCCAAUCUUUCCAGACUAAGGAGGAAGCUGUGUUGAGUGUUAAGGAUUAUAGCAUCCGUCGUGGAGUUCAGUAUCGGGUGAUGGAGUCAGAUCAUCUGAAGUUUCAUGGGAGAUGCAAUGAGUUUGGGAACGGCUGCACGUGGUUGAUUCGCAUCACACUUCGGCAGCGUAAGGUUAAUUGGGAGGUUAGAAGGUACAGCGGACCUCACACUUGCUUGGCCACUUCGAUUUCGAGCGACCACCGACAGCUCGAUCACCACGUCAUUUGUGCGAGGAUCUUUUCGUUGGUUAGGGCGGAUGCAGCGGUUACGAUAAAGGUGUUGCAAGAAGCUACUGAGGCAACCUAUGGAUUCAGGCUUAGUUAUAGAAAGGUGUGGAUGGCAAAACAGAAGGCAGUUGCACAAAUAUAUGGGGAUUGGAAAGAGUCAUACGCCGAGUUGCCACGUUGGAUCCUAGGGGUACAAGCCACGAUGGAAGGAACUGUGGCAUUGUUGAAUACUUCUCCGGUGCGUGUUGGUGAUCACGUUGAUGAGUCUACGAGGUACUUUCAUCGUAUUUUCUGGACAUUCCCUCCAUGCAUUGAGGCAUUUAGGCAUUGCAAGCCACUAGUUAGCAUUGACGGGACUCAUCUGUAUGGGAAGUAUGGCAGGAAUUUGCUCCUGGCAAUCGUGCAAUAUGGAAACUCGAAUAUCUUGCCCGUUGCCUUUGCACUUAUGGCAGGGGAGAAUGCGGAGCACAAUGGCAUUAAAGCUGCACUGGAGGCAACUGACAGUGCAUGGCUACCGCCUCAUGCAUAUCGAGUGUAUUUCAUUCAACACGUUGCCACUAACUUUGCCCUCAGUUUCAAGGAUCAGGAUGCGCGGCGGCUACUAGUGAAUGCAGCAUACGCCAAGACUGAGGCAGAGUUUGACUAUUAG